AUGCAGUACACGUCUAAUCAAAAAGUGUCAAAUAAUCGAACUGUGGAGUUUUACAGAAACUACAAAUACAACUAUUACUCGUUUCUACGUCUAACCCAAGAACAUUCAUCAUUCAGGGGCCUAAGAUCCAAAUUGCAACUACACUUAGCCAACAUGUCAGAUUUUGAUAUUGCUAAUUACGCCACUAAGUGGUAUGUUUUGGCGCCGGUUUUGAUAGCCCUCUAUGUCGUGUACAGUAAAAUUCAAGAAGCAAUCUUGAUGAAAAAGUUUGGAGCGGCAAGGGAGGCAAACGCUGAAGGGGACGGAUAUUGGGGAUUUCGACUUCCAUUCACAUUAAUCGCAAAGAAAAAAGAAGGAACUAUUGUUGACUUUGGUCUUGAGAGGUGGAAUGACCUCACUGACCCACAAAUUUUCACUUUUUCAAUGAGGAUGUUUGGCGUUAAACUCUGGCGUACGAAAGAUCCUGAAAACAUAAAAGCAAUUUUGGCUACUCAGUUCAAUGAUUUUUCAUUAGGUUCAAGGCAUCCCAAAUUUGAGCCGUUAUUGGGAGAUGGAAUCUUUACAUUGGACAACCAAGGCUGGAAGGAGUCUAGACAAAUGUUGCGUCCACAAUUUGCUAGAGAACAGAUUUCACAUGUCAAGAUGUUGGAGCCACAUAUGCAAGUUCUUUUCAAGCAUGUGUACAAGAACAAGGGACAAGUGUUUGAUUUGCAGGAGUUGUUUUUCAGAUUCACAGUUGAUUCGUCUACCGAAUUCUUGUUUGGAGCAUCUGUCGAUUCAUUGAAGGAUGCCAGUAUCGGUAUGCAAGCUAUUUCCAAUAAAGUUGAAGGAAAGGAGCAAUUCGCUGAAGCAUUCAACUAUUCUCAAAACUAUUUGGCUUCGAGAGCAGUUAUGCAAGGAUUGUAUUGGUUGUUAAACUCAAGGAAAUUCAAGGAAAGUAAUGCUGUUGUCCACAAAUUUGCACAGCACUAUGUCAAGAGAGCAUUGGCAUUGUCUCCAGAAGAGUUGGAAAAGCAAGACGGGUACGUUUUCCUUUACGAGUUGGCUAAACACACAAGAGACCCAAAGGUUUUGCAAGAUCAAUUAUUGAAUAUUUUAGUGGCAGGAAGAGACACAACAGCCGGUUUGUUGUCAUUCGUCUUUUUCGAGUUGGCUAGAAACCCGCAAGUGUUGGCCAAGUUGAGAGAGGAAAUCGAUUCCAGGUUUGGGUUGGGCAAGGAGGCUAGAGUUGAAGAGAUCACUUUCGAGUCAUUGAAGAACUGUGAGUACUUGAAAGCUGUACUCAACGAAUGCUUGCGUUUGUACCCAUCUGUGCCAAAUAAUUUCCGUGUUGCCACUAGAAACACAACUCUACCUCGUGGUGGAGGACCAGACGGAAUGUCUCCGGUUUUAAUAACUAAAGGUAAAAGUGUUAGUUACUCUGUGUAUGCUCUUCACAGAACAGAAGAGUUUUAUGGCAAGGAUGCUUCCGUAUUUAGACCGGAGAGAUGGUUUGAACCAGAAACUAGAAAAUUGGGUUGGGCCUUUGUUCCAUUCAAUGGUGGUCCAAGAAUCUGUCUUGGCCAGCAAUUUGCAUUGACUGAAGCAAGUUAUGUCACCACUAGAUUGGUGCAAGAAUUCGGCACGUUGUGGAUGGAUCCAAACACUCCGUACCCACCACACAAGAUGUCUCACUUGACCAUGUCUUUGUACGACGGAUUGAAUGUCAAGAUGGAGUAG